AUGGAAGACGUCCCCGGAUGGAACGCAGGUCCACCACGGCGGCAACAGACGUCUCGCGCCGCCGCCGCCGGCCUUCACCUCGCCGCAACGGCGACUUCGCCCUCGCCUCUUCGUCCCAGUAGGUCUCUGGCAGAUCUGCGCACGCCCACGAUAGAUGAACCGCCCCUGCCGCCUCUCCCCCCGAGAUUCUACAAUCCAGACCUGCCUCCGUCGCCGCCUCCCCCCUACGAGGUUCGCCGGGCCCAGAGCUCGUCUGCCCUCUCGCUCGAUGCGUUACUCAUCGACGCCGCGGAGCCGGACGCGCCGCCAAAGAAGAAAUCCACGCUCGGUCAAAGGAUGCAUUUCACCAUGACCGGCCUCAUCAACAACCCCGUCGAGUCAAGCAGCCACUACAGCGUCAUCCGGCACUCCUGGCUGCCCGUCAUAUACAACGGGCCGGACACGUCCGUCUCGGUAACCAUCCUGUCGGACGCGCCCCUCCCAUCGAACAGGACGCUGUGGCUGCGGCAAAAGGGGCUCCUGGGAAAUAUGGGCAUGGCGCUCCAGGCAAUGACGAGCUUGAGAAGCGACUGGAUCGAGGUCACGCCCGCGCAGGAAGCCCAGGUGAAGCACAUCCCCGACCAGAAGGAGUGCGUCAUCCAGCGCGACCUUGAACGGUUCACGAGAAAAGCGCGGGACAAGCACAAGAGACACGUGCCCAGAGAGACGCACAUUGUCCGGAUCCCGGCCGCAGCAACGGACGGGUACUACUACCUGGUGGUCUGCGGGGGGAAGGAUGCCACCAAGGUGCUCUGCAGAUGCCCCGUCUUUCGCGUGGCGAGCAUGUCCCAGGACGCGGCGGUCGUCCGGGGCGCGAGCCUGAGCACCCUGCCGCUGGAAAUUGGCCUCAAGGUCGCCUCCACCGUCGGGACGCUCGUCGCCAAGAAGUACAUUGGCGUCGCCGGCGUCGUUGCCGAGAAGAGCGCCGGCAAGUACAUGGCCAAACAGUCGGUCAAGAAGGCCGCGACGGUGGCGGCCAAGAGCUACCACGGGCUCGGGGGCCCAGGGAUCCAACACGUCGUCAAGGAUAGCUGGAGGCGGCAACGGGCCGCCGGUGUGACGGCCGGGUACACGACCGAGCUGGCCGUCGCCGUCAUCGGCCCCGACGACGGCCCCGAGAAGCCGUUCCCCGUCAAGUUCGAGGGCGCGGUGGAACGAGGAACCGGCUCCUCGAGCGCAGAACUGGGCUUUCCGACCGCCAACUUGUCCGGCGUCCCGGACGCCGUCAGGACACCGCUCUCCGGCGUGUUCGCCGCCUGGGCGAGGCUUCUCCCCGGAGGGAGGAACGUACCCGACGGCCUCUCGCCGGACUGGCACCCGGCCGUCGUGACCAUUGCGCCUCCCCGCGGCGCCGCGCCCGCCGUCGCCCCUAAGAACGGCGUGCGCGUCCAUGUCCUCCACGACUUUGACGACGUUGCCUUUUUCGGGGGCAAACUGGCCGUCCUGCUCAUGGGGUGGCUGCACCCCGCCGCACCGCCGACCGCCUACUCUACAGACGUCGUUGCCCAGCACGCGCUCGACAUUGGCACCACGCUGACGAGUCUAGACCGAGACAACUGGUCCCCGGAAAGGACGGUGGCGCGCAUCAAGGCGCUCAAGAGCGAGAGGAGCUUGUCGGAUCGCCUGGACGGCGUGACGGGCAAGGUGGUCCAGGGCGUCGACAGAAUCCCGCUGCACCGCGUGGCCGUACGCAGCCAGUCCGAGGCCAUGAGGGACCAGUGCUUCGGCGUGGGGGGCAUAUGGAUACGCAGAGGAUACUUGUAG